UUGAAAUAUAUAUAUAUAAGUAUAUAUAUAUAUACUUUUUGGAGAACAAUGUGUUUGUUUCGUUCGGCACUAUUCAUGAUUUUCAUUGGCUACUGGGGAGGAUUCUGUUUGCAUUUGCCGUCUUUGCUCUCUUCUAGGGGCUCGAAUACCGGAAGCAUGCGUUACAUUUAGAGUUUGUUAACUGUGUAAGUAGUCAAUCAGCAGCUGGAAGUCUAAGGAAGUGCACCGAUUGAUAAUAGUACGACCGUUUAAGAUUAACUUGACCAUAUUGCUGCUCUACCCAGGAAAUGAAUACUCUAGUUUCGUCAAAAUGUUUUCUUACAUCUAUUUCGAUACGAGCCUGGAUGGUAUGCCUCACUGCAGCAAGACCCUGCAGCCAGAAGUCAAAGCCGGCCGUCGCGUCUAAGCUGCCCUACCGCGUGAAGCUGACGGGGGGCAAACGCCACACCUGGUGUGCAUGUGGCCACAGCAAGAAGCAGCCUUUCUGUGACGGCGCCCACAACAAACUUGCCCCCGACCUGCCCCCUCUGCGCUUCACCCCGGAGAAGGACACCACGGCCAUGCUCUGUGGCUGCAAGUACACGGCCAACCCGCCCUACUGCGACGGCACCCACUUCAAAGUCAUCUUCCGCUCCAUCAAAGAGUUCGUCCUGCCAAGAAAGUCCUCCUGAAGUAAAUGCCAUGUAGUUUAGUACAUUAACUCAAAACAUGGUUGUGAUUAAACAGACAUAUCAUUCUUGUUUUUAUAUAAUGCAUUUAUUGAAUAUAAAUUGUUCCAAUUAAUAAUAUUUCGGUGGAUAGUAUAGAUGAUUGUGUUUAUUAUAUCUAUGGUGAGCGGUGAGUUCUGCACUUGCUCAGUGCAGCUCAGGUUCAUCUGCUUUUGUUUGUGAAAGCACCAUAUUCUCUUAGAACACCAAAGAGUAGGCGGUUUUGUGUCAAACUAUUGGGAGUUUCCCAAAAGCAUCAAUUUGACAUUUAAUGGAAACAGUAAACCAGCAAAGAAUUCAUCAUUGGAACUCACUAGGAUACUAGAAUUUAACUGGGCAUUGAAAUCCGGUUGGAGUGCUACUCUGGCUGUCUAGAUUGCCUACUCCAAAGGCAUACCCAGGAGUCAGGUUUCACUCCCUACACCCACCAGGGGCCUCACAGGGUGGUGUAAGAGCUGAUCUGUGGUCAGUACAGCACUCUGGAUCUCCAUAAUAAGGAUCUGUGUUAAGUACAAGAGUAUUGGGGAAGUGCAUGCAAGUUGUCUGAUCCGUCCUAACACUGUGUGAAUGUCUCCAGUCAGAGACAGGCAGUGGACCGUGACCUACCUCCAUGAACGUGCCCGCAUUCCUUCACCAGCAACAUUUUACUGAAUUGAUACGUAUAAUUGAUAGCAUUGUAUGUAUUACAGCUCAGUCCCCUCGUUAUGUUGAGGGUUUUUUAACUUGAAUGCUUCACUUUGCCAAGUGCUUUAAUUAGUUAAAUCUGUGGGCCGUUUGUGACAUGUUUGUGUCUCAGGUUUUCAAUACUGAACUGUGUAAGUUGUUUUUAAUGAUGCAAUUGUAAAGAGCUUGGAGCCCACCAUUGACUACAAAACAGCACUGUGUAAACACAGUACUUUUUUCAGCUACCUUUAUGCGCAAAGCAUCACGAUUACACUCUAAUUGUAGUGCAUUCGUGACAACAAUGGUGAGUGACAGUGUAUUUUCAGUCAAUUUCAUACCAUUUUGAUACAUAUGAUUCAUACAGCAAUAUAGACAUGUAUAUACAGUCUGUCUGUAUACAAAAAGGGAUAUGGCCGGUCUAUGCAACUACUGUCAAUAAAGCAGGCAGUUCUUUCA